AUGUUGAUCCAAACAUUGCUCACCUCUGCACUGUUCUUCUCUGUAACAGUUACAGCUCAAACAGACAAGGUAGAUUUCGUCACUGUCGAAACCCAAUUAAGUAAUUUACCCCAAUUACAAGCUUUGGUGGGCAAAGUCAGUCCCGAUUGUUACGAUGCCUAUGCUCGUUAUUCAUGUUCUUUAGCCUAUCCUAAAUGUGUCACUGGCACUAACAACACGAUCAGCGUGAUGCCAGCUUGUACUUCCUCUUGUGAGACAGUGCAUCAGUAUUGUUCUUCCAUCUUUGCUAUGGCAGGACAAUCACAGUUUUUACCAGAUUGUUCCUCAAAUACUAUCACCAGUACAGGAGACACCCUUCAACCUGACGCUACCUGUAACAAUAUCCCCACCAAAUUGACACCAGAAGAAAUAGACGCGGGACGACUUGUUCUUGCAGGCAUUCCAGAAGGGUUUGUGAUGCAAGAGUGUCCUUCACCUUUUUUAAAGGAUCCUCUUGCUAAGCAAGGAUCCAAUGAUACGUUAGAUCCUCAUUAUUGUCAGUUUGGAUGUUGUAUUCCCUGUCCUGCGCAAAACCUUUUUUAUAAAGAGAACUGGGCAACGCGAGGAUUCUUAGCAACGGAUAUACUUCGAUUUAUAUCUGCUAUACUUUCAUUUGUCCUUGUGAUCAGUUAUUUGAUUUUACCCGAUAAAAGAAGACACCCUUCACUCUUGAUUUUGAACCUCUCGAUUGCUAUUUUUCUGUUUAGCAUGGGAGUGUUUUUCUCGGUGGGUAAUCCUAAACGAUUGCAAUGCGCUGCGAAUGGUAUAUCCACGGGUGAAAUGGGUAAUAAUACAUUGUGUGCAGCUCAAGGCGCUAUUUUAAUCUUUGGCUCCUUCGCCACUGUACUUUGGUGCUCAGCCUUAAUUCUCAACCUGCAUGUUCAUACGGUUUGGAACUCGAAUUUCUUUACGAAUCGUUACGUGUUACUCAAUAUCAUUUGUUGGGGUAUUCCCACCACCAUCAUGUCAAUCGCUUUGGGACUCCAUGCUAUCAAGUUUGAAUUUGCUAAUCUUUGUUUGGUCUCGAUGAAGUAUAUUUUUCCCAUGUUUUUUUACCCUUUAGCCGCUGUUGUCUGUCCUAGCUUUAUCAUUCAUAUCGGUACCUUUUUCUAUAUUGCUAAAAUUGCUGUACGUGAAGGCUUGGAGUCUGAUAUGACCCAAUCAUUAUCGACAGGCACGAUCACAGAUCGACCACCUGGUGUGAGUCGUAAACAUGUUAUUGUGGCUGUUAAAAUUCAAUGGCGUGCUUUAUUAUUAGCCAUCAUUGCCAUUGUCACCGUCCUGUUCUACUGGUUGUUCUACAUGACACAAAUGAGCCGUAUGACGGAUUUACAAAAUAAUCCUCGUGUGACUUUGGAUUGGAUCCAAUGCAUGCUAACACCGGGAAAGACACAAAACAUGUGCGCGGCCGUCAUCAGUCCUCAUUUACCGCCAUUUUCUUUAAUCAUUGUAGCUGAGGUGUUGGUGAGUACAAUUGGUAUUUGGCUCUUCAUCAUGUUUGGUAAACGAUCCUUGUGGCGUGAAUGGAAUGAUUUAAUUUAUGAUUUGCGUAUUAAAAUGGGUGGUCGUGGUGGUGCUGAAAAGCACGGUGAGCAAUUCUUUGCGCUCUAA